AUGUUCGCCAAAGUGUUGAUGCGGAGGAUAGGAAAUAUUCAAUUCACAUAUAAAACGAGGAAACUUUCUUCAAAGCCACGGCUUGCCAUUGUAGGUUCUGGACCGGCAGGAAUGUUUGCCUGUAACGGCUUACUCCGGAAGAGUAAUUUCCUUGUGGACGUUUUCGAGUAUUCUCCUGUGCCAUUUGGAUUGGUUCGAUAUGGUGUAGCCCCAGAUCACCAAGAAGUAAAAAAUGUAAUUAACACAUUCGAUGCAAUGUUUGAGAAGAACCGAGAGAGAUUGAGACUAUAUUGUAAUGUCAAAAUUGGUCAGGACAUUACUUUCGAUGAGUUGACUCGUGGAUAUGAUGCAGUACUUCUUGCCUACGGCUCAUACAAGGCAAGAAAACUGGGUGUUCCUGGAUGUGCAUCGAAAAAUGUGAUAUCUGGAUCAGAUUUUGUAGGAUGGUAUAAUGGAGUACCUAACGCGCCUACACCUGAUCUAUCUGCAUCAAAUGUGGUCAUUGUUGGAAACGGAAAUGUCGCUUUAGAUUGCGCCCGAGUACUUUCAACAGCUUCUUCGGGAUCUCUGAGGAUCAGCGACAUUCCCGAUGAAAGACUAUCUGUCUUGGAGAAAACUGCAACCAAAGAUAUCAAAAUAUUAGGAAGGAGAGGUCCUGAAAACGUGUCAUUCACAAUUAAAGAGCUUCGUGAGCAAUUCAAAAUUCAAGAAUGGGACAGCAAAUUAGAAAUAUCGGAAACAGAUCUGAAGAACUUGAUAGAAAGUCUACCGAAACUCGAGAGAAAGAAGAAGCGUUUGACUGAGGUUCUUGUUAAAAACACUGGAACAACAAGCGGAUUGAGACAAUGCCAUUUUUUGUUUCACCGCGUUCCAAAGGAAGUUGUUGCUGAUUCGAAUGGAAUGGUUCGGGAACUAGUUGUUGAAAACACAGAAACUUCGAAAACAGAAACGUUUCCUUGUGAGCUGCUGAUUUAUUCGAUUGGGUAUGAAACUCUUGUUCUAGACGGAGUUCCACAGAACGAAAAUAAAAUGAUUGAUAUGAAGGAUCACUGCCGAGUGAACAUAAAUGCUGAAUGUCCUGCUCAUGUUUAUGCUACAGGAUGGUGUGCACAUGGUCCAAGGGGAGUUAUCGUGGAUACCCAACAACAAUCGAGUUUUGUAGCUGAUCAAAUCGCUUCCGAUUUUAUCCAUACUCGUCAUAGUAUUGCUCCCGGAGUUGAUCUUGUCCUGAACGAGCGGAAGGUGCCAUUCAUAUCAUGGGAUGCCUGGAAAAUGAUCGAUCAACAAGAAAGAGAUCAAGGAAAGUUGUCAGGAAAGAUUCGCGAGAAAUUUACCACAUUCGAAAAGUUUUUGUCGAAACGGUUGGAAUAA